ACGAUUUCUAACAGUGUAGCUGUCAGUGGGUGAAAGUGGAAGAAAAAUGCUGGGAAAUCUGUUUUUUCGCCAGUUUCUCUGUCGGGAAAGUCAGAAAAUCUUUCGAGUACCUCUUAGGCAUGGACACACGAUCCGUGGGAAGCGUCCGGGUGUGGCGAGGAGUCUUCAGCAGCGUCUGGACGAAAUGAAUUAUGUGGACCCGGAAUUGGCCAGGAAGGUCAAUAUAGGGCUACCUCAGAUAAAAGUGCCUCGGUCAGAGCAGCUCAGGGAACGUUUGAAUCACAGGAAACUCAUGAAAAACAAUCUGGAAAUUGAGAAACUUGCCCGGCUGAAUCAGCUGGAAGUGGAUCUUGAGGAUGUCAAUGAAGAGUGGCUCAAGACUUCUGGGCCAUUUGACAUUCGGGGAAUAGCAGACUACUACGAAAUCUUUGAUCAUCUUUACGGAGAUGCCUACUUUAUUCCCAGAGUUAAUCUUCGAAUUCUCUACCCGACAAACACGGAGGAUUGCAAUCCCGUCUACUAUGGGAACAUUUUGAGUCCGGAAGAUGCAAUCUCUCAGCCAAUUGUGGAGUUUGAUCAUUCAUUCAGGCUCCCACGGGAGAAGGAUAAAAAAGACUCUCUCUGGACCCUGGUAAUGUCCACUCCGGAUGGACAUUUGAGGGACAACACGAGUGAAUAUGUUCACUGGCUAGUGACCAAUAUUCCCAAUGGGAAUGUCACCAAAGGGGACACACUCGUGCCAUAUCUUCAACCCUAUCCUGCCAAAGGUCUCGGAUACCAUCGAUACGUUUUUGUGUUGUACAAACAGGAAGAUAGAGUAGAUCUCAAGGAUUACAAAAUUUCCACGACAAAGGAUCCUGAAGGGAGAACCUUCAAGACAUUGGAUUUCUACAGAAAAUUCCAGGAUUCAAUAACGCCAGCUGGAUUAGCCUUCUUCCAGGCAGAGUACGAUGAUUCCGUGAGGGAAGUCUUUCACAAGGUUUUUGAAACAUCCGUACCAACUUUUGAGUAUGUCAAAGUGGAAGAUUAUGUAGCUCCCCAGAAGUGGUUUCCCCACAGACGGGCUUUCAAUACGUAUUUGGAUAUGUACCGCGAUCCCAAGCAGAUCAACAAGGAAUUCCUGGAGCGGAAACUGGCCAAGACACAUCCGUUCAAUGGUCCAGAACCACCAUGUCGCUUCCCAAUGGCUCAUUCCAUCAAGAAUAAGCCAUCGUGGUUGGUGAUUGAGAUGAAGAAAGAGCGCCAGGGCAUUGGACGCAUUAAUGACUACAGAGAUUGGUGAGAGAAGCCGAUGGAGCAAGAGCAUGGCCAAAGAAAAAGUGGACGGAGUACAUUCCGUGCAAAAGUGCUCACACAAGAUGAUGAGGACGUGAAAGAUUUUUAAUGACUUAUCAGAAGAUCACCCAACAUCUUUUGGCCCAAUUCCAUCAAUUAAGCACCAAUUAGCAGCGAUAUUAUAGUGAAAGAUCGGAGAGAGAAAUAUACUUCGAGACACGAAAA